ACAGUUCUAUGGACUUUGGCAGGAAGUGGAUGCUGGUUCACGACAAUGUGAUGCCAGGACGAUUCUACUGGGCUGUAAUGGGGCUGGACAAAGAAUCAGAUGUGGUCCACAUCGAGACUCGCAUCGCGAAAGGCCGUGCCUGGUAUGUGAAGUGCAGAGCUCAGAGAUGCACAGAGGGAAACAGACAGUAUCUUUUCCCUGGAGACGUAGACACCAACUCACUGGUCGUGCAGGAUGAAUACGUCUUCACACAGGUGACCAAGGUCGGACGACCCAGUUACUUCGUCUCCUACAUGAGAGAGUCCUUCAGGCAGAUGCAGUUGCCUAAAUAUUGUCUACCUAAGGACAUGCAUAUCAUCAGCACAGAUGAGAAGCAGGUUUUUGCUGCAGUCCAGGAAUGGAAUCAGAACAACACUUACAGCCUGUACAUCUCAGACUCCCCGGGGGUCUACUUCACCCUUUCAUUAGAGAAUCUCAGAACCAGCAGAGGAGCCGCAGGUAACCUGCUGGUCGACUUCUACAAGGUUGAAGGGAUAAAUGGCAUGUACCUUGCCAACAAACUGCUGGAUAAUCACAUCAAGACCUUUAUCACCUACGACAAGGGACAAACCUGGGCCCUGUUACCAGCGCCCACCAGCGACGUGGCUGGAAAUAACCUUCACUGCAUUCUGCCAUUCUGUUCGCUGCAUCUUCAUCUGGAGAUGUCGGAGAACCCUUACACAUCUGGACCCAUCACCAGCAAAAAGUCUGUGCCGGGAAUCAUCGUGGCCACAGGGAAUAUUGGAACAGAACUGUCCUCCACCAACCUCGGCAUGUUUAUAACAUCUGACGCAGGAAACAGCUGGAGACAGAUCUUUGAUGAAGAGCACAACAUUUGGUUCCUUGACAACGGCGGGGCUUUGCUGGCCGUCUUACACGCGCCGUCGCCGAUUCGUCACCUGUGGGUCAGCCUUGAUGAAGGGAAAAAGUGGGACCGUCACAGUUUCUCUUUAUCACCGCUGUACGUGGACGGAGUUCUAAUGGAGCCGGAAGCGGACAAUCAUAUUCUGACGUUCUUUGGCCACUUUGGUCACAGGUCAGAAUGGCAGCUGAUUAAGAUCGACUACAUGGGUCUCUUUAGCAGGAGGUGCAUGGACGGAGAUUAUCAGACGUGGCAUCUGCACAACAAGGGAGAGCUGUGUGUGAUGGGGGAAAAGCAGACCUUUAUGAAGCGCAUGCCAGGCAACCGUUGUAUGCUGGCCCAAGACUAUUCUAGAAUCUAUUCCUCGGAGCCCUGCCUCUGCACAGCCUUUGAUUUUGAAUGCGAUUACGGGUGGGAGCGCCAAACGGAUGGGAAGUGCUCCCCUGCUUUUUGGUUUAAUCCUAAUGGCGCGACUAAAAGCUGCAGCAGCAGCCAAAGCUUCCUUAACAGCACUGGGUAUCGGAAGGUUUUGUCCAACAACUGUAAGGAGGCAGGGAAGAAUGUGUUCUCACCCAGAAGACAGGCGUGUCAAUCUAGACCACCGCAAGGUCUUCGUCUGUCCACCAGUCAAGGAGAGCUCAGUGCUCCUGUUGGAAGCAAUGUUACCUUCAUGGUGUACCUCGACCAAGGAGACUCGCCUGGAACCAGCAUUCAUCUAGACUUCGGGGAUGGCAUCAAGAUCAUCUACUCUAACCUGAGCAGGACAGAUGACGGCAUCAAGCACAUCUACAGAACCACUGGGAUUUACAGAGUGACAGCCACGGCUGAGAACAGCCAGGGAUCUGACAGAACCACGAUGUUUCUCCAUAUCACCAGUCCAGUGGAGCGUGUAUAUCUCUCCAUUCCUAUUGUAGCCAUCAGGGGGAAAGAGGCUAAUCUGACUGCAGUGGUUUGGCCAAGUCACAGCAGAACAUUGACCUUCUUCUGGUGGUUUGACAACAGCUCCGAGCCCAUUAUAACCUUGGAGGGAAGCAUCUCAUACACAUUUCAGAGGGAAGGGAAAAACAAGGUCACGGUCCAGGUAGCUUCUGGGAGCAACGUAUUGCAGGAUUCAAAAGUUAUAACAGUCAAAGAGACCUUUCGGUCGCUGCUGUUGUCAUUCUCGCCUGCACUUGACGAACACAAUCCUGACAUCUCUGAGUGGAGGGAAGACAUAGGCCGCGUGGUGCGAACAGCUCUGUCACAGGUGUCUGGAGUAACUGAAAAGCAGCUGCUGGUGUCCCUGUAUCCAGGACUUCCAACGACUGCAGAGCUCUUCAUCCUGCCUGAUGAGCAUCUAUCGACUGAGCACAAAAGAGGGCGGGAGGAGACUCUGGACAUGAUUUCAGACAUAUUUGUCACUGCCCUGAACCAAGGCCUGAUCCAGUUUGAGCUGAAAGCCGACGUUCGCAUCGUUGUGUACAUGACACAACAAACUCUGGCGCCUCUUGUGGAUUCAAACUCCAUCCACAGCGGGUCGGCCAUGCUGAUGCUGCUGACUGUGGUGUUGAUCGGUGUGGCUGCAUUCUUCAUCUACAAGUUUAAAAGGAAAAUCCCUUGGAUCCAUGUUCAGGCUGAAGACAGUCAGGAGAAAGAUCCAGAAGUGAUCAGCACAGUGGGUCAGAACGACAACAUGUCCAAGGUCAAACUCAGUGAAUUUCCUUCUCCAAAAGAACUCGUGGUGAAGGACCUGGAGCCAAGGAGCCGAGUCCACACAGGAGGAAUUGGAAGAAAUAUGGAGAGAAUCGUGACAAGGGAGUUCCCCAAUUGUACCAAUGUUUAAAGACGUGAGCUGUGUGACGGAGUGAGUACCGAUUGUUGUGUUACGGUUGUACUGAAAUUGUUUGCUUUUUUCGGCACUGUUUUCCAACCUAUUUAUUUUAUGUUACAAUAAUCGCAGCUCUUAAAAAAAAAAGAAAAAAAAAAGUCUUGUUUUUAUCUGUACACACAUAGAGUUAGUAUCUAGUGAUAAACUACGACGAUGACCAGGCUCAGGGGUCGGUGAUUUGCUGAAACCGGCCGAUAAAAAUCACAGCACCCAACACUAAGUGUCCGAAUAACGUUACGAUUCUCUCGUCUUUUUUAACCACUGCCUCGGUGUGACAACUACUAUGGCCGUGUUGUGAAUAUUCUGCUGAUACUGGCAGUUUUUUUUUACUCUCUUUGACAGCAAGUCUGGUUCUUAUCGUAUUAAACCGUAUGUGAGGACACUGCACAGAUAGAAGGCACACACUCAUAGUAAAAAAAAUAUCUGGGAAUCACAGUUGACGGGCUGCCGUGUGAAACAGUCCCGGGGGAAAAGACAUAUUUUAAAUAAUGUAAAUAGACAGGGAUAGUAGAGAAUAAGGUGUAUACUGUAAGGUGUAUACUGUAUAAAAUAUACUCGGUAAGUUGGAUCAGCUAUCACUUUAUAUGUCACGAGAUACUUUAAAGACAUUUAGCCUUUUCAGGUACGUCGUUUCGUCAUCCAGGGCUUUAAAUGUUAAAUUGUUGUCACCAUGGGCGGAACACAUUGACUGCCUUAUAUAACUAGAGGUCUUUGGGUUGUAAAUAUAAUAAAUCUAUGUUACAAAAAAAAGGUCAGUCUGACAAAUGUGAAUGUGCAUCUCAUGUGUAGUCGGUUUCACUGUGUAAGAUGUGUAGGAAACAUGGUGCUCUCUCCAAGACCAGGGGAAGUCAACGUGUACGUGGAGCAGGCUGGGGGCUGCGUAAACCGACUGAGCACUGUCAUGAAUGUCAUCCUGCUUUACUGUAAAGUCACCAAAACACAUCGGCCAGUGCUUUGUUUCCACACGGUCACACCAUCUGUGAAAACACAUAAGAUUUAGGACAAGAAUCUAUGAACCUUUAAGGACAAGAGUUAUUAAAUAGAUGAAUAGAUGUUUUUAAUAGUAAUUCCCAGGUGCUUUUAUAACAGAGCCUAAAGUCGAAAUUAAAUAACAUACACAUUAGGGUAGUAAAUACAGUGGAACCUCAAGAUACGAGCAUAAUCCGAUUCCGUAUCGUACCUUACACGUACGCUACGUAACUUACAUAAAAUUAGAAUUA